AGAGAGGACACUGCCGCAGCUAAAUGAACCUCGCCUCUCACUGCGGUUGCUAACAGCAAAACAAAGGAAAACCAAUCAGUUUUAGGAAAAUAGACGAAGACAAAGUUAUAAUGACCGAGAACACGAAAACCCACGUUAUUUUGCUUUCGUGUGGAAGUUUUAACCCCAUCACUAAAGGACACAUUCAUAUGUUUGAAAAAGCUAGAGAAUAUCUGCACAAAACAGGCCGUUUCAUUGUGAUCGGGGGCAUCAUCUCACCUGUACAUGACUCCUAUGGCAAACCGGGCCUGGUCACAAGCAAACAUCGCCUCACCAUGUGUCAGAUGGCUGUUCAGUCCUCUGAUUGGAUUAGGGUGGAUCCUUGGGAGUGCUUUCAGGACAAAUGGCAAACUACAUGCAGUGUUCUGGAACAUCAUCGUGACCUUAUGAAGAGAGUCACAGGAUGUAUUCUCUCCAAUGUAAACACACCCUCCUCAACUCCAGUGAUUGGCCAGCCACAGAAUCAGAAUGCAACAAUUUAUCAAAACCAUAGCAAUACAAACAAGCCUACUGCCAUCAAGCUGUGGGGUAAGAUGACUGAGAACUUUGGAAAGAUCUGCUGUGUUCGCCCCCACAUUGAACGAUUCACCUUUGUGGAUGAAAAUGCCAACCUUGGGACUGCAAUGCGAUAUGAAGAAAUAGAGUUGCGCAUCUUGCUCCUGUGUGGCAGUGAUCUUCUAGAAUCCUUCUGCAUCCCUGGCCUGUGGAAGGACAGUGAUAUGGAGGUGAUUGUGGGGGAUUUUGGCAUUGUUGUCGUGCCCCGAGAUGGAGUUGACACAGAGAGGAUCAUGAACCACUCCUCUGUGCUCCGCAAGUACAAGGAUAACAUCACUGUGGUAAAAGAUGAUAUCAACCACCCCAUGUCCAUCGUCAGUUCAACCAAGAGCAGACUGGCUCUGCAGCAUGGAGAUGGUCAUGUGGUGGACUACCUGAGCCAACCAGUCAUCGACUAUAUCCUGCAGAGUCAGCUUUACAUCAAUGCCUCUGGAUAAGCAAACACACCCACAGUACUGGCAUGAGAAGGGGGAAGAAUAAGAAACACGUUUCUCCCCCCACCCCCCAACUUCCUUGUCUGUCUUCUGUGUGAAACGUAUACUCCUCUUGAGCUAUUGCUUUUCCAUACAAAAGGAGCAUUAGGUAUCAAUGUCCCUUCUUACUGUAUCAUGGUGACUCAUCGGACCUGUGGAUGUACAGCAAGGUGCCUGAGGAAUGAGUACAGGUGGACCACUGGCAUUGCCCAAGCAUGAUUUAGUUUGCCUUCAGUGCCAGGUGGGUGGGGGUUUCCUCUUUUUCUACCAUGCCAUUGGUUCUGAAGUGUUAACUCCACCUACCUGGCAAAUUGUGUGAAUUAAAUCAAACACACCUACUGUGGUGGUUUUGUCAUGUGGUCAUUGUGAGCUGGAGGAUGAUUGUAUGGUAUACAAAGAGGAAGUGAGGAUGGCAACUGAAUGUUGGCCCUUUGUUGUUAAUUUGACUGUAGAUUAUUAGAUUGCAUGCUUAGAGCGUUUGUUUUGGCAUGAGUGCUUAUGUACUUCUUAGGAAUUACUUAUUGUGAAAGUGUUUGCAGAAAAACACCUAUAGUGGGGACUAUCCACCCAUUACGCCAUUUUAUAUUUACUGUAUGAUCUUUGAGAAAAAACCUGUAUCCGUGUCUCUUUGAAAUUGUACAUGGAUACCUAAACGUUUUUUUUGUAGUGGGCAUUAUUUCAAAAUGUACAACUGUUUGCACAUGACAGAAUGAUUUUCACAUUGAUUGUUUUUGUGGGUAAAAUACCUUUUCUCCUGUUCACCAUAAUAAGAAAUACCACAGUGCAGAAAAAAGUUACAUUUUUGUUAUUUUCAUGUGCUACGUACAUUGCUUCUUGGGAGUCUGUCUGGAAUAGUGUUCAGAAUAGUGUAAAUCUAAAUUGUAACAGCAUACAUUAUAUACAGGAAGUCCCUUUUAAUGACCAUAAGAAUGGAUUCAAAGAUUGUCUAAUUGUUACUUGCACUGUCAUACCAUUAACCUUAAAUAAAUUAAUAAAAGUGCACUGAUAUUAAAUAGCAAAGGAAGUGGCAACAAAGAUUGUUGCCUAUCAUGUUGCAGUACCCAAGAUUGUCAAGCCAUGGAAUUUAAUAUCAGAGAUUCAAUUAGAGAAAGGAUGGUAUUACAGGGAUAUAAAUAUGUAAUCGGUUGUGAAAAUUAUGUCAAGAAAUGCUGCAUAAUUAUGCUAAUAAUGUCUCACAUGUUUUCAUUGUGACUGAAACAUCUUAUAUACAUGUUUGAAUGUGUACAUGAAGAUAAUGAGAAAAAACUAUACAUUCCAGUGCUUACAGCAAAUGUGAUUUUCACAUAAGAGUGAAGUCACAUAAUGUACAGGACAUGUGACUACAUUAUCUAGUUGUUAGUGUGUCGUGUGCACCAGUGUUGUGACACACAAGGCUAUCACUGUACUGCAGCAUAUUGCAUA